AUGGCCGAGCAGCAAGUCUCCAAGAUCAUCGUCGAGAGCUUGAACAACGCCGGCGUCAAGGUGGUCUUCGGUAUCCCCGGGGCGAAGGUCGAUGCCGUCUUCGACACCUUGUCCGAUCAUCCCGAGAUCAAACUUGUCGUGUGCAGACAUGAGCAGAAUGCAGCUUUCAUGGCCGCAGCAGUCGGCCGCAUCACAGGCACACCCGGCGUUUGUAUAGCUACAUCAGGCCCAGGAGCGGGCAAUCUCACCACUGGCCUCGUGACAGCCACGACGGAGGGAGAUCCCGUGGUGGCCAUUGUCGGUAGUGUGCCGAGACUACUCAGUACAAAGCACACUCAUCAGAGCAUGAAAGCUCUGGACAUCCUGAGACCGACGGCAAAGUCGGCCACAAAUAUCGACGUCGAAGAUCAGGCGGCAGAAGUGGUGCUAGCAGCCUUCAGGACUGCCAAUGGCAAUCCGAGGGGAAGCGCUGUGGUGUCUUUGCCCAUGGAUGUAGCAGCAGGGAAGAGCAAGAUCACGGCAUUCCCAAGCUCGGCUUUCACGCCUCCUCUUUAUGGGGCAUCUCCUACAGCAGAUAUCGCCACGGUGGCAAAGAUGAUCGAUAAUGCGAAACUUCCAGUCUUCUUCCUGGGCCAGAGAGCUUCCAGUGCCAUUGUUGUGGGCGCUGUUCGUCAGUUCCUGCGAAGACAUCCCAUUGCCGUGGUAGAGACUUUCCAAGCAGCGGGCGCAGUCCCAGAAGAUCUUGCAGAUACAGUCUUCUUCGGCAGAGUUGGACUUUUCAGAAAUCAGACGGGAGACAGGCUACUUGCCAAGUCAGACCUCAUCAUAUGUCUUGGCUAUGAUCCGACUGAAUAUGACGCAAGCGCCUGGAACCCUCAUGCCAAUCUCAAUAUUGUUCAUGUGGACUACACUUCGUGUGACUAUGGAGCAUACUACCACCCUGAUAUCGAGCUCCUUGGAUCUGUGAGACAAAACAUCCUCGCGCUUGGUGACGCUGUCCAGAACGUCACAGACCCAGCGAAAGAUGAGUUCUGCAAAGGAUUGACGCAAGAACUCCGAUCCUGGAGCAAGGAAAUCACAAACUUCAAGAGCUCCAAUGGAUUUGUCCAUCCUUUGCAGUUCAUCGCGGCGCUGCAGAAACGUGUGUCGAAAGACACUACAGUCUGCGUUGAUGUCGGCACGGUAUACAUAUACAUGAUGCGCUACUUCUUCGCCUACGAACCUCGAAAAUUGCUCUGCAGUAACGGUCAGCAGACCCUUGGAGUAGGACUUCCAUGGGCCAUCGCAGCUUCUCUGAUCCAAGAACCUCCUUGUUCGCAAAAGGUCAUCUCCAUCAGUGGCGACGGAGGGUUCAUGUUCUCAUCCCAAGAGCUCUCUACCGCAGUCUUACAAGGCUGCAACAUUACGCACUUCAUCUGGAACGAUGAGGCUUACAAUAUGGUGGAAUUCCAAGAAGAAAUGAAGUACAAUCGCAGCUCAGGCAUCAAACUGGGAGGAAUUGAUUUCGCCAAGUAUGCGGAAGCGUUUGGAGGAAAAGGCUUCCGGAUCAACAGCUCCUCUGAAAUUGAAACGGUCAUGGAACAGGCUCUUGCGCAUAAGGGAGUAAGCCUUGUGGAUGUGCGCAUCGACUAUUCGAAGGUCAAAGACUUGGCUGCCGGACUUAUCCAGGAUUCGGUGGGCUGAACAAGGAACCAAUGGAAGGCGGAAGGAGAUGUUGAGAUGGUAUAGAAUCACAAAG